GCACGCCUCCGCCGCCGGCGCACGCUCGCGCCACCCUCGCAUGUGACCAAAACAAAAGUGACACAACCACCGGACAUUCAAUUAAAACGAACGUGCAAACCCAACUCAGAUCUCCGAGACGAGUUCAGGUAUUUUUAGUCUUGUUCCAGAACUGGUUUGGUAUAGUUUUACACCGCGAAAGUGUUUCUGUUGUCUAGUUGUAGUUGUGAUACCGGAAUCUCAAAGUUGCGGAAUUUUAGCGGCUUAUUCGUGAAAUGGCGCAGUACUCCGCGUGUUUAUUCUUCGUGGCCGUGCUGGGUGUCAAGUUAAGUUACGGCGAGACGUCUGUCAGUCCGAAGGUAGACGAGAGCACACUUCCCAGCCUAGGCAAAGAGGUGGAGGACAACAGUCGGUACAAGACACUGAACGCCAACGCGACGCUGCUGAAACUGCUGGUAGACGACAAAGAUGGCGUCAGCAGGUCCGAGGUUUUCGACAUGCUGCAUUCGCGCGACGACAACCAGGAGCACAUAGACUUGCCGUCGUUUCCAGAGGAUUCUGAAGACGAGCGGGUCAUCCUGCCCGGAGUGCCUGACUCACAGGCGGAGUUCUUACAAGUGAACGGCGAGGUGCUCAAGGACUCGGAGCGAGUGCGCUACUCGGGCAUGCGUGGCGAGCCCGUGGGCCUGGCUGCGGGCAUCAUGGUGGCCAUAACUUGCAGCAUCGUCUGCGUCGCCUACACCGGCCUCAUCGUCUGGAGGAGGAUAUACUUGCAAAGAAAUGGCUUGAAACACGAAUUAUUAAGAAAUGAAGAAAACAUUGCAGAAACACGAAUAGAGUUGUGAAAGUAAUCAGGGAUUGGUACCUGCUCUUCUGUCUACUAUUCUCUCUUAGCUUUUCCUGCUCUGAACUACAAGCUCGUGACACUUGGUACCAAUAUCUUGCUAUGGAAUCAAAGACUGAGUUGCAUUAGAUUCUAGAUUGUCUAUGACUUCGCCGCAGAUCUUGCACAGCUGUGUUUCAAGUAUUUAUAUCGGAUUUUAUACAUUUAGCGUAAAACACGUAAUUUUAUUUUCGUAUUUUCUUUUCUUAUGUGACGUAAUUUUAGAUUUUUAGUGUUAUAAGACGAAAGGUUAUAUGGUCUCAUCAAGUUUUAUUAGACAGUCACUAAUAGGCCAUUAUUAAGUAUUUUGAGUAAAUAUCAAGAAAUGGGUAGUAAAUAAUAUACUCAUU